UCUAUGGAGAUGAAAAUGCUGAAGGAGAAGGGAGGGGGCUUCAAGUGAAGGGGAAGAGUUGUGAGCUGAAAAGAGAAAGUAGGAGGGGAGAAUGCUUGGAAACUCUUGGACUCCUUCACUGUUAUCCAAGGGCUGUACUGCUGCCACAGAGUCUGUGCUGAGACUUCCACUGCGGGACUUGGCUGAGGUGACAGAGGACAGUGGCAGAGAGGUGGCAUGAGGCACAGGGUUCGUUGGAGCUGCUGCUGUUAGCUUGAUGGGAGCAGAGGGAGAAGGUGGAGCAGAAGGAGGAGGAGAAGCAGCUGCAGCCUGCUGUAUGGAGCAGGGGAGGAGGAGAGAUGCAAGGGAGGUGCAAUGAGCAGUGACAAGCUGGCAGCUCAGACACUGCUGUACUGUACAAGCUGCUCCAACCUCCCUCUGUCCGACAACUUUUACUCCUAACAAAGCCUGAGACGCCGGCGUGUGUAGGGCUGCUAGUAGUGCCAAAGCAGCAGCCGCCUAGGGAAGACACCGGUCAUAGGCACACAUUUGUCUCCUGGUCAUUAGCAUCAUUAGCCUCUCUCUCUCUCUAGUUGUUAGUGGAGGAUGUGCUAGAGGUCUGCGUGCAUCUCUAACACCUUCACACUGUUCAAUUGGCUCUGCAAGUGGAUGUGGAGAAUGGCUGUGAGGUCUAGGAGACAGUGGAUGAGUGUGAUAGUGGGUUUGGUCCUGGGAUUUACAGCAGCUUCUUGGCUGAUUGCCCCAAAAGUAGCAGAGAUGAGUGAGAAGAAAAGAAGAUCCAAUGUCUGUGCCUAUUACAGAGGGGCUGGAGAGCGCGUGCAGGGUCUUACUGGGGGCUUGACUAACCCCGCAAGGGGCGACCUCUGGCAUGGGAAGGUGGCCAACAGCAGUCCAGCUCCUGCACUGGAAGAGGAGGAUGAGCCAACAAAAAAAAAGAAGGAGAGUGGGGAAAGCAACAACACCAGCAGUCUCCGGGGUAACCACAGUGGCAGUGGGGGUUGGGGUCCCCCAAAAGAUACCCCAAGUAAUUUCCUCUACGUUGGAGUCAUGACAGCUAAGAAGUAUCUGGAUACACGGGCUGUGGCUGCCUACCGGACUUGGGCUCCUUACAUUCCAGGCAAGGUAGAAUUCUUCUCCAGCCAGGGCUCUGAAGAGGUGCUACUGCCAGAGCCGGUACCUGUCAUAUCCCUUCCUGGGGUAGAUGACUCCUACCCUCCCCAAAAGAAAUCUUUCAUGAUGAUCAAGUAUAUGCACGACAAUUACCUGGACAAAUAUGAGUGGUUCAUGAGGGCUGAUGACGAUGUGUACAUCAAAGGUGAAAAACUGGAGGCAUUUCUAAGAUCACUAAACAGCAGCAAGCCUCUGUACUUGGGACAAACUGGACUUGGUAAUAUAGAAGAACUUGGUAAGCUUGGUCUUGAACCUGGAGAGAAUUUCUGCAUGGGAGGCCCAGGAAUGAUCUUCAGUAGAGAAGUAUUAAGAAAGAUGGUACCGCACAUUGGAGAAUGUCUGCAGGAAAUGUAUACAACACAUGAGGAUGUGGAAGUUGGUCGAUGUGUCCGGCGAUUUGGUGGAACCCAGUGUGUCUGGUCAUAUGAGAUGCAGCAAUUAUUCCAUGAAAAUUAUGAACACAACAGAAAAGGAUACAUACAAGACCUUCACAACAGCAAGAUUCAUGCAGCUAUAACACUGCACCCUAACAAAAGGCCAGCAUAUCAGUACAGGCUUCAUAAUUAUAUACUGAGCCGAAAGAUUUCCGAAUUGCGGUUUCACACUAUCCAGCUUCAUAGGGAAAGUGUUCUAAUGAGCAAACUUAGUAACAGUGAAAUAAGCAAGGAAGAUCAGCAGCUUGGCAUGAUGCCAUCAUUCAACAGAUUUCAGCCACGGGAAAGAAAUGAAGUAAUUGAAUGGGAGUUUCUAACAGGGAAGCAUAUUUAUUCUAUGAAUGCAAAUGUUCCACCGUGCCAGAGUUUAACUAACCUUUUAAAGGCAUCAUUAGAUGACACGGUAAUGCAAGUUAUGGAAAUGAUAAAUGAGAACUCUAAAUCUAGAGGAAGAUUAAUAGAUUUUAAGGAAAUCCAGUAUGGCUACCGCAGAGUUCAUCCUUUGUAUGGGGUAGAAUUUAUAUUGGAUAUGUUGCUUUUAUACAAAAGACACAAGGGGAGAAAGCUCACAGUACCUGUAAGACGUCAUGCCUACCUUCAACAAUCAUUUAGCAAGCCUUUUUUCAAAGAAGAAGAGGAACUGGAUGUACAGAGUGUUUUGCAGAGCAUUAACACGGAUGCUCAGACAUUUUCUUUUUUUUCCAAUUCGUUAAAAAUGUUUUCUUCGCUCCAUGUCACCAAAGAAAUGAAAGCAAACGGUGACAAGAAAAUCCAUUUUCUUGUCCCUCUCACUGGAAGAUUUGACAUUUUUGUAAGAUUUAUGGAGAACUAUGAAAAGACCUGCCUGAUCCCAAAGCAAAAUGUUAAAUUGGUGGUCAUUCUUUUUAAUUCUGACUCAAGUUCAGAUUCCAAUAAGCACACUGAGUUAAUGACAGAAUAUCAAAACAAAUAUCCACAGGCAGACAUGAAUAUAAUCACACUGACAGGACAAUUUUCCAGGGGCCUAAGUCUUGACAAAGGUUCUGCUCAGUUUGGAAAUGACACUUUACUGCUCUUCUGUGAUGUAGACCUUUUGUUCACCUCAGACUUCCUUCAGCGAUGUAGACAUAAUACUAUUCAGGGAAAGCAAGUCUAUUAUCCUAUUGUAUUUAGCCAGUAUGAUCCCAAAAUAGCAUACAGUGGAAAUCCUCCGUCACCUAAUAACUUUGUUUUUACAAAGAAAACAGGAUUUUGGAGAGAUUAUGGCUUUGGAAUCACCUGUAUUUAUAAAAGUGAUCUCUUAAACAUAGGUGGAUUUGAUACAUCCAUUCAAGGUUGGGGACUGGAAGAUGUUGAUCUCUUUAUGAAAGUAAUAAAUUCUGGACUGAAAGCAUUCCGAAGUCAGGAAACAGGAGUGGUUCAUAUUUUUCACCCAGUUCAUUGUGACCCUAAUUUAAAUCCUAAGCAGUACAAGAUGUGCCUAGGUUCCAAAGCAAGUACAUUUGGAUCUACUGCUCAAUUAGCAGAAAUCUGGUUAGAAAAACAUUUAGGUGUUGGCUACAACAGAACUCACUCCUGACAUGUCAACUUGUUUAUAUAUCUUUAAGGGGAGUUUACCUCAUAUUAUUUUUUUUUUCGUCUUCAUUGUCCAUAAACUCCUCUAUGUCUUCCAAAGGAUAUUUGUCAACCAUAAAGAACUCUACUGAUUAUAAGUAUUUGAACUUCCUAUUAAAUAUGGGGGUUAUUUAUUUUUUUUCUAUUUUGGAAUUUGAACAUGAGUAUCCAUGUUGUGUUUUUAGAGCACAUCUACCAAGGCUUAUCCCAGAGAACUCUUUUGAGCAGGGUGCAAUAUUGGUCAAUAUUGUGUUUGUUAAUGUGACAAAAUAUUUGUCGAUGGUACCACAAAAGUGCUUUAUACUUUCCUUGGGGAAGAGACAUUUGUUUUAUAAUUUAUACAAAAACUAAAAUAUAUAAACACUACUUUUCUUAAAAAAGUAAGAAUUAUGAUUGUAUCUUUAUUUUUUAAAAUGAAUUAAGACGUUCUUUUCAUGAGCAGUUGGUACUGGCUACCAUGUUCUUGAAAGUAUAUAUCAAGUUCCCUAUGUUUUUUUGUUAAUACAAAUCAAGUUUAUUCUUUUUUUCUUCUUGGGAACACGAUAGUUUUAAAAAAUUGUGUACUGUACAUUUUAAAAAGUUUUUGUGAACCAUUGUCCUUCAUUUGCUGGCAAGAAGAUGAACUAAAUGGGCAUAACAUUUUAAGAAAAAAUGUUAGAAUUUCUUAUUUAAAAAAUGAAGAUUAUGCUUUUUAUGUUUCUAUUUUCUAAUUUUGUUUGCUUUUUUUCUGAAAACAUGCAUCUUGUAUUUAUGCUGAAUUGCCUGUAAGAUUUAAUGUGAUAAACUAAUCGUCAUUUAAA